AUGUUCAUCUUAUUUGCUAUUGGUAGUAACAAGUAAUAAAGGACAGGGGUUAUUCAUUUUGAAUAUCGUCUAAUGUAUUAUAACGAAGUUUUCCAAAGUCACUUAUUUUCUUAUAUUUUUCAGUUUAUAUCCUUAAUAUUUAAAAAAUGGUGAGAACAAAGGCGGAUCGCGUCCCUACAAAAGCUGUUGGUAGCAAAGCACCACAUAAAACUACGAAAAGUACACCAAUUAAGAAAUCAAGUAGCAGUAACAAAGGAAAAAGUUAUUCAGGUGGUAAUCCGUAUCAUCCAAGGGAAACUCCAGAAUGGCAGAAGCCUAUUACAUGUUUUCUCAACCAAGGUUCUGUGAAUCAAUCUAAAGAUUUGUCAAAAGAUCAGGAAGCUGCUGGUGAAUGUCCUAGCCAAAUAGUAGAAAAUGAGUCGGACUAAAGAUGUGUAAAAUUGUUGUUAAAUUGUUAUGGUAUUA